GCGGCGCCAAGGGACGGGAUUCGAGUACUCUGGUACAUCAGAAGUAUAAUGUCUCAGGAAGGUGAUUAUGGAAAGUGGACAAUAUCCAGUAGUGAUGAAAGUGAGGAUGAAAAGCCAAAACUGGACAAGCCAUCUACCUCUUUUCUCUCCCACGCUGGGCAAGAAGCAGCAAAUGAACCAAGGUACACUUGUUCCGAGGCCCGGAAAGCUGCACACAGGAGGAAGAUAUCACCUGUGAAAUUCAGUGAUACAGAUUCGGGAUCACCUCCCAAGAGGCAGAGAACUGAUUCUCAAGAGUACCUAGGUUGGUAUCUCUCCAGCAGUGAUGAUGAACUACAACCAGAAAUGCCAGAGAAGCAGGGUAAGAAUGUGGUGGUCAAAGAGGAGGAAGACAUUCCUGUCCCCAAGGACAGCAUUGCCCAAAGAGCUGGAAAUCAUAGCACUCCUGCCUGCCACAGGCUCAAAGAGGAGGAAGAUGAAUACGAAACAUCAGGGGAAGGCCAGGAUAUUUGGGACAUGUUGGAUAAAGGGAACCCCUUCCAGUUUUACCUUACUAGAGUCUCAGGAAUUAAGCCAAAGUACAACUCUGGAGCCCUUCACAUCAAGGAUAUUUUAUCUCCUCUAUUUGGGACACUUGUUUCUUCAGCUCAGUUUAACUACUGCUUUGACGUGGACUGGCUUAUAAAACAGUAUCCACCAGAGUUCAGGAAGAAACCAAUCCUGCUUGUGCACGGCGAUAAACGAGAAGCUAAGGCUCAUUUGCAUGCCCAGGCAAAGCCUUACGGAAACAUUUCCCUCUGCCAGGCAAAGUUGGAUAUUGCAUUUGGAACACACCACACGAAAAUGAUGCUACUGCUCUAUGAAGAAGGCCUCCGGGUUGUCAUACACACCUCCAACCUCAUUCAUGCUGACUGGCACCAGAAAACACAAGGGAUAUGGUUGAGCCCCUUAUACCCACGAAUCGUCCAUGGAACCCACAAAUCUGGAGAAUCAGUAACACAUUUUAAAGCUGAUCUCGUCAGUUACUUAAUGGCUUAUAAUGCUCCUUCUCUCAAGGAGUGGAUAGACCUCAUCCAUGAACAUGAUCUCUCUGAAACAAAUGUUUACCUUAUUAGUUCAACCCCAGGACGUUUCCAAGGAAGUCAAAAAGAUAAUUGGGGACAUUUUAGACUCAGAAAGCUUCUGAAAGAACAUGCCUCAUCCAUUCCUGCAGCAGAGUCCUGGCCUAUAGUAGGUCAGUUUUCAAGCAUUGGUUCCUUGGGGGCUGAUGAGUCAAAAUGGUUAAGUUCUGAGUUUAAGGAGAGCUUGCUGACACUAGGGAAGGAAAGCAAGACUCCAGGAAAAAGCACUGUUCCUCUUCAUUUGAUCUAUCCUUCUGUGGAAAAUGUGCGGACCAGCUUAGAAGGCUAUCCUGCUGGGGGCUCUCUUCCCUAUGGCAUCCAGACAGCUGAAAAACAGAAUUGGCUGCAUUCCUAUUUUCACAAAUGGUCAGCUGAGACUUCUGGCCGCAGCCAUGCCAUGCCACAUAUUAAGACAUACAUGAGACCUUCUCCAGACUUCAGUAAAAUUGCUUGGUUCCUUGUCACAAGCGCAAAUCUGUCCAAGGCUGCUUGGGGAGCUUUGGAGAAGAAUGGUGCCCAGCUAAUGAUCCGCUCCUAUGAGCUUGGAGUCCUUUUCCUCCCUUCAGCAUUUGGCCUAGAGAGUUUCAAAGUGAAACAGAAAUUCUUCUCUAGCAACAAGGAGCCGAUGGCCACCUUCCCUGUGCCGUAUGAUCUUCCUCCAGAACUAUAUGGAAAUAAAGAUCGGCCAUGGAUAUGGAACAUUCCUUAUGUCAAAGCACCAGAUACACAUGGGAACAUGUGGGUGCCUUCCUGAGACGCUUAAAGCACUGUGAAAUUUAAAUGUUUCACACACCAAAAAAAACUUAGAGGUCAUAUUGGAGGUCAUCUGCAUCCCAGCAGGUCCUGGGAAGUGCCAGCAAUGACAUAACCAAAACCCACCUGGAGGCCGGUGGUCACUUGUGAGGUUGGUGCCCACUGGUCCCUGAUUGUUGACCCUGACCAGCAAGUGGUGAGCAUUUUGUGCCAGGAAUUGUCUCUAUGUUAUGUGUUUAUUAACUAAUCUUUAUAAUAACUCCAAGUGUUUACUAUCAUUAUUCUCAUGUACAAAGAAACUGAUAAUUUGUCCAAAGUCACCCAACAACUUGCCACUGGAAAUUAGCAGAGCUGGGAUUUGAACCCAGCUGGUUCAGCUGCAGAGUCUGCUGUGCUGCUGUGAGGGUCUGGGCAGCACAUGUAGCAAAUGAUCCCAGGCUCCAGCUGAGGACCUGGCUUUGCAUAUGUGGUCUGUACCUGUGUAGAUAUGAGACUGGCUGUGCUUUCAUCCACUAUAAUAGCAAGUCAGGAUUGGCAUGGGCAGAACCACCCAGCAGCACGUAAAAUCACCCACUAAAUGUCACAUCAGCAUGCAGGACUGAGCCACUGAAUUAUUAAAGCCAGCCUAACUGCCAGCGGAGCAGGCUUCUUUCAAGCUGGAGUAUCAAGGGCUGAACACUUUGCACUACUAAUGUUCUGUUAAAUUCUGGGACUGAAGCCUGUGGUUUCUGUUGACUCACUAGAUGUAAAGCAUGGAGCAGGAGGAAUGAGGCUGGUGUCAAAACAGAAGGCAGCACGGGAGCUGCCAGAGAGAGAGGGCGAGAGGCAGUCCAGGAAGUGCAGUGUUGGGACGUGACAGUGAGGACAGCUCCUGCAGUACUGGACAUGGUGCAGACGUGGGGGCAAAGCAUGCAAGUCCCAUGUAACUCAUGUUCUUAUUUUACAGAGUCCUAGGCACAUGUGUUUCAAAGCAGAAUCCCACUGAUAGAUAUAAAUUACAUUCUUUGCUUUAGGCCUAUUAGAAGCUCCUAUGAAAUGACAAUCUGACCAAUGUUUAUGGUUCUUGUAUCUAAGGCACUUGGUUCAGUGCCUCCUGUUCCCUUUGUAGCAAGGUUUUCGAAGAGCCCCUUGCAGUUUAUUAAGAACUGGAGGGCACCUGGACUAGUCUCCUAUUUUAAUACACAUGAACAGAGAGAAGCUCAGAAAAGGCAGAGAAGUUGAAUCCAUAGGCCAUUUAUUACAUGGGUCAUUUAUGAUCGUAGGUAACUCUAUGUACGUCUUCAUCAUACGUUGGAACAGGUGAGACCAUGUUCAUUUUAUAAGAGAAAAGUAAG